AUGAGUAUUACAUUUGACACAAUUUAUUCUGCUCAGCAGGCGCCCUUUCCCUGUCCCCCGCUGUCACUGCCCUGCAAGCAAGUCUGUCAUAUUACGCUUAUUCCGAGCCAGCGACUCCACGACUUUAAGCAGCUUCUUUCCCAGGAGUUCUCCCAGAUGAUGAUUAUCGAUCCGCAGUACACCAUCUCCUUUGCUGAUCCAAUGAUGAUAAAUCUGUCUCCUGCCCCACUACCAUUGACCUCCGUGAUAGCUAUGCCCGACAGCCCAUUGCCGUUUGCGUUUCAAGAGCCACCACACUUUAAUCUUCACACUACCAUUGAUACCACAUCUCCAGUCACAUUGGACAUGCCGCAGGCAUACAUUGUGCAAGAGGUCACCCCACAGCCGUCAGUGGAUAUGCACCACCACUACCUUUCUGCGCGGAUCACCAUGAAUCGAGAGCGCCGCAAUGCAGUAUAUGUGCCCCGAGAUAUGUCGGAAGCUGCCAUUGCACAGGUCGCAGCGCAAGCGCAGGCCCAAGAACAAAUACAACACAGCCCAGCAAUUGAGAGCCAAUUUGACGAAAAUACACCAUUUUGAGGCAGAUAAUAAGGAAAACAUUUGCUACAGCUCUAUUCGUCGGUCCGACAGCCCACAAAAAAACAUUACUCCCAAGGGGUACAGCAACUGCAUCAAUAAAAUACUUUACGACUGGCUCGAGAAGCACAAGGAAGAGCCAUACCCGAC